CAAGUCACAAGCCAACAUGUUCAAAUAUAUGAUCUGCCUCGCCCUCAUUGGUUGCGCAUGCGCCGACAACAUCAACAAGGACGCACAGAUUCGCAGCUUCCAAAAUGAUGCAUCCGAUGCGGAGGGUAAUUAUCAGUUUGCCUACGAUACCAGCAAUGGCAUUCAAGUGCAGGAGGCGGGAAAUACUGCGGGUGUUAGCGGUGCCUACUCCUAUGUCUCUCCCGAAGGCGAAAAGAUCUCGCUGACCUACACAGCUGAUGAGGAGGGCUAUCAUCCCAUUGGUGACCAUCUGCCCACACCUCCACCGGUUCCGGCCUAUGUGCUCCGCGCCCUUGAAUACAUUCGCACACAUCCGCCAGCGCAACAGGACGAUCAAUAAGCUGACAUUGAGAACCAACCAAGCAACCAGUCCCAGUCCAUCACCAACAUUCACCAAUACCACCAUCGAAUCACUCGAAACUGUGGCCAGUCAUUGUUAUAUAGAGACAUAUUCACAUUCGCAUUCGCAUGUUAUAUAAUUAGUUGUAGUUAUCAUUAA